AACAAAUGAAUCUCUAUUAAGAAGCCGAUAGAGGCGAAUUGAAUUUGAUCAAUAUAAGCAAAGCAGGCGACGACAACAUUUUACAAAAGUAAACAGUCAACGCACAAUAUUUGUCGGCUUUGUUUACGUCCAUUAAAUUGAUUCGUAUGAAGUUUGCUUUCAACAUAUUUUUGGCAGUUUCGUUUCUAUUACAAACCCAACAAGUAAACUAAGGGAACAGAGCAGUCAAUUACGUUGCUGCAAUAAAUAGCAAUAAAAUAAAUAACUAAUAGAUUAUUCAGAUACUAUUGUCCGGACGCGGUUUACUAUCUCUGCCGUUUCAUUAGCGUUCAUUAUUUUGACACCAAUGCAAUAAAGCUGGGUCGCGAUGUGAUGUGGUGCGGCGACGGCUCGGAGGCUCAGUAUCGUCACCGCCGGCGCUGGCAAGCCGACAUGUCCCGCCGGGCCCGCGAGGACGCCCAGAGUCCAGAGGCUGAUACUCCCCACAGCCUCUAAGUAACGCACUCCUUCACGCGCCCUCCGGGAUGGGACCGAAUGUAAAUAUAAACCACCGAUCAUAUUUAUUCGGGCCGCAAUGGCUCCACAGACAAAAGGACUAUUUCUCCUUUUAUUGUUUUGCGCACUCGGCGGGAGCAGCGGGGACGAUGAGACGGAAUAUUUCGACGUUUUGUCUCUGGUUAGGGACAGCGAUGAGCUCCCUGAGGGGAUCACUCGCGUCCCGGGGCGGUGCCAGUCCCCCCUAGAGAACUACUCCGACUACACAGCCUUCGCCCUAAAUGAAAAUGCCACUAUGCACCGACUUGCCGCUGGGAUGUUCUACAACACUUUCCCCGAAGAUUUCUCAAUAAUGGCUGUAGUUCGACUACCAGGAACGGAACAGAACCCACUAUUUAUCCUAUACUCGGAUGCUGGAGAUGAACAGUUGCAGCUAGUGGUCGGUAACUUAAUAGAAUUGUACUACGAAGAUACAAGGGGAGAUCCGGCCGACCAUGAACUCCUUACGUACCGAGUGGAUAUCGCUGAUGGAAGGUGGCAUCGCAUCGCUGUCAGCAUCAAGGGCGACUCGGCGACUCUUUUGGUGGAUUGUGAAAUGAAGGAGACAUUGCGAUUGAAUCGCCAACCUGGCAGCACAUUCAACCUCGCUGGGGCAUUAGUUGUGGGCUCACAGAUCACUCCGGACCAGUACUAUGAGGGUGAAAUCGAACUACUUCAAUUCGCCAGCAAGCCAGAUGCAGCCUAUGACAUGUGUAUAUCAACAGCUCCGGACUGUGAAGGAGGACCGGGCCUACCGUACAUUCCCACGCCACAAAUAUCAGCGACAAUCAUUGAACCAGAAAUUAAACCAAUACUGUAUGUAGAACCACCACCACAACCCACAGAAAGAACAAUGACAGACGAUGUUGUACGAAGGAGGUACGGCAGCUACGGCACUGAGCGGUUUGAUAGAAAUGACUCUGAUAAUCCUUGGCCUGCUAGAGAAGUAACCACGCCAGAACCCCAACCCUCGUGGCAAAUCUCCAAUUCGUUCCCAAUCGCAAACCAAUUCUCGCCAACGGAUUCAGAUGAAAACAGCAUUUUCGGUCGAUUCACGGAUGAUAAUGAGUACCUGCCGCCCUCACCGUCGCAGACUCCUUAUGAAAACGAACCUGUUGAACCCUUUGAACCCGUGGACUCUUUAGAUCAGACGACUCAAAGAUCUAAACGAGGGGACGAUGAUGAAGCGGAUGGGUCUGCGACAACCCUAGCUGUGACAGAGACAACAUACAGCCCUAUGACAACUACAGAAGAUUCAGAUUGGCUCACACAUCCACCGGAAGUUUACGAAGGCAAUUCAACAACAAAUUAUGAUUCAUCAGAGACCUAUUACGACUACGGCAGUUCUGGUACUUACAUGGGUCCCCGUGGAUAUCCUGGUCCACCUGGUCCGCAAGGGCCAAGAGGUCCUAAGGGAGAACCGGGUAAACCAGGCUUUGAAGGUUCACAAGGAUUUCCAGGACCGCCUGGCAAUGUUUUUGUAAUUCCCCUACAACAAUCAGGAACUGAUAAAGGUCCUGAUGCUCAAUCGGAAGCUCUUCGACAAAUGUUCUCACAACACAUGGCUGCAAUGAGAGGUGCAGAAGGUCCAAUGGGUCUUACUGGUCCACCAGGACCGGAAGGUGACAUUGGUCCUGAAGGACCUAAAGGAGAGCAAGGAGAACAAGGGGAACCCGGUCAGCCAGGCCCACGAGGCUUACAAGGCCCUCCUGGCAGAUUAGGACGGCGAGGCCACGCAGGAAGGGAUGGAGAAAGAGGAUCCCCAGGAGCUCCUGGAACGAAAGGCGAGCAAGGCUACCCGGGCCAGCCCGGUAUGCCUGGUGACAAAGGAGAACGAGGUAGUGCAGGCUUGCAGGGCGAACCAGGUGCACCAGGUCAAGAUGGACCACCGGGAGAUGAUGGUCCUCCUGGACCACCAGGAAUCCCUGGAGAACUGGGACCUCGUGGUUUUAUGGGGCCAAGAGGUUUUCCAGGACUUAUAGGUUAUCCAGGUACACCUGGUCUUGAAGGGCCACACGGAACCAAAGGUGCCACUGGUCAACCAGGUGCCCCAGGUCCACCUGGACAACCUGGAACGAUUGGCUCUCCGGGCUCACCCGGCCCACAAGGCCCUACUGGAGCUCCAGGAAUACAGGGUCCCCAAGGGAAACCAGGAAUUUCAGGACUACCUGGUCCAGAAGGUUCUCCAGGUACACCCGGCAACCCAGGACAACAAGGACCACCAGGCGACGUAGGCCCACAAGGUCCUCAGGGUAUGCUCGGAUUUCCUGGAAGUCGAGGUUUGAAAGGAGAUGAAGGGCCUCGUGGCUUACCUGGUGAUAAAGGAGACAAGGGUAUAAGAGGUAUCGAAGGAGAAAAAGGAGAUAUGGGACCAAAAGGAGAGCGAGGACUAGUGGGAGAACCUGGUCCUCCAGGAAUCGAAGGCCCUGAAGGACAAAAGGGUGUAGAAGGACCAAGAGGGGAAACUGGUCCAAUUGGUCCAGCUGGUGAGAAAGGUGCGUCUGGGGCUCAAGGACCACAAGGAUACCCAGGCAGUCAAGGUGAAAAAGGAGAUAAAGGAGCAUCUGGACGGAGAGGCAGACGGGGCACAAAAGGAUUAAUGGGUUUAGUGGGCCAACAAGGAGAUCGGGGUGAAACUGGACCAAGGGGUUAUAGAGGUCCACGUGGCCGUAGAGGUUCAGAUGGACCUCCUGGACCCAAAGGAGAUACAGGUCAACCAGGUCCUCCGGGAGCAACAGGUGAGAGAGGACCACAGGGAUUGGAAGGAGUACGAGGUUUUCCUGGUGCGAUGGGACCCCCUGGGCCUGAUGGAAAAGCUGGCUUGCCUGGCCCACCGGGAGAAAGAGGACCUACGGGUGAACCGGGUGCUACAGGCUUAACAGGACCCUCAGGCCCUGUUGGCCCACAAGGUCCAAAUGGUGAACCUGGCCCACCAGGUCCACCUGGUGCUUCAGGCAUACCAGGGACUCCUGGCGACGUCGGCACUCCAGGAGAAGUAGGGAAGGAAGGUCCUCCAGGACCACCUGGCCCUGAAGGAAAACCAGGACCAGUUGGAUCACCGGGACCACCUGGGAACAACGGCGAACCUGGAUUGCCAGGCGCAAUUGGAAUACCAGGGGCUAAAGGCGAUUUAGGGCCACCCGGUCCACCAGGAAUUAGAGGCGAUAAAGGAGAACCUGGUGAAACUGGUAACGAAGGACCCCAAGGUCCGCAGGGCCGUGAAGGCCCUCGAGGAUCGCCAGGGCCAGGCGGACAAAAGGGCGAAAUUGGUGAACCGGGCCCAGUAGGACCAAUCGGUCGUGACGGAUUACCUGGACCAAGAGGUUUAACUGGAGUCCCAGGUCCAGUCGGACCACCUGGUGAAGAUGGAGACAAAGGAGAAGCAGGGCCACCAGGAGAAAAGGGUUUCAAAGGAGCCAUGGGAGAAUCGGGGCCGCCUGGUUCACCUGGUAUACAAGGGCUCCGUGGAGAAGCAGGACCGGUUGGUUUACCAGGUGAUAAAGGCCCGCCUGGCGACAUAGGCCCUCCUGGUCAACCUGGGACAGAUGGUGUUCGUGGCCCACCUGGGCCACCAGGUCCAGCUGGACUUCAAGGGAUCAAAGGCCAACAAGGCUUUAAAGGAGAUAUGGGAGACCCUGGAGCUUUAGGAGCAACUGGCCCAGCCGGUCCCACUGGCCCGCCCGGACGAAGAGGAGCGAAAGGUGUACAAGGUGAACCUGGACCCCGUGGAGCUGAAGGACAACAAGGAGAUAUAGGAAGCCCUGGACCACCAGGAGCUCCAGGCGUCCAAGGCCCUGAAGGGAAAUUGGGACCUAGGGGACCAGUGGGCCCAAAAGGUGAUGACGGGUUACCUGGACUACAAGGAGAACCUGGACCAAAAGGUCUACCGGGGCCUGAAGGUCCCAAAGGAAACACUGGACCUGCUGGCUUUCCGGGCGAACGCGGAGAAACAGGACCACAAGGCAUAAAGGGUGAGCCCGGUUCAGAUGGGCCUGAAGGAAGCACUGGUCCACCAGGAGCACCAGGCCCAGUAGGGCCACCAGGAAAACCUGGAGAAACAGGCAUGCCUGGUAAUCCGGGUACAGAAGGCCCAGCGGGUACCCAAGGAAACCCUGGAUUAACCGGAGAAAAGGGUGAUAUGGGUCCGAAAGGCCCUCCUGGUGAACAAGGACCUAAUGGACCACCUGGACCACCCGGGCCAGAAGGACAACGAGGUUUAAGAGGGCUACCCGGUCCAAUUGGUGAAAAUGGAGCUCCAGGCAUAAUGGGGCCUGCUGGCCCUCCAGGCAAGGCUGGUCCUCCUGGUAACCAAGGAAUACGAGGCGAAAAAGGGAGCAGAGGUCCAAAGGGCCACAUUGGUGACACUGGGCCGAUGGGACUGAAAGGAGACCAAGGCGAAGUUGGGAAACAAGGCUUACCAGGUCCAAUGGGACCCUCGGGUCCCAAGGGUGAUAUGGGACCUAUUGGACCUCCCGGACCCAAAGGGGACACUGGGCCGGUGGGACCUCCUGGACCUGAAGGUCAACUAGGACCAAAGGGCUCUACUGGACCAGAGGGAAGGCCAGGUAGUCCUGGACCACCAGGAACGCCUGGACCGCCAGGUCCCCCAGCUCCAGCCCCACAAAUACCCGCUGAACUAUUCACAUCAUACACUCGACGACGUCGAAGUGUAGAAUCUAUGGAAUCUGUUACUGAAGAUAAUUUUGAGGAAGAAGAAGACAUAGAAUGGGUCAAAGAAAUAAUGACGGGCGUUUUGUCUGCUCGUGGUGCACUGGAAGCAGCAAGACGACCUCGAGGGACAAGGAGUUAUCCAGCACUGUCUUGUCGUGAUCUCAGAAGCUCUCACGUCAAUUUAACUGAUGGAUACUACUGGAUAGACGCUCGCGGAGGAGCAAGCAGCGGGCGGCCCAUCAAAGUGUACUGCAAGGGCCAUAGCACCUGCAUAUACCCGGAUGAAAGAGAACCGGCUGUUUUUACCACAGAUCCCACCGCUCACAAGUUCUCGCAGUCAGAGAAUGGUUACAGGCUAACAUACGAAGGUGAAGGAUCUGGCGCCAUACAGCUUCGUUUCUUGCGAUUAUUAUCAAAUGGAGCGAGACAGAACUUCACAUACUCUUGCGUCAACACCCAGGCCCCUUUACAAAGAUCCGACAUUCCCGCUGAUUUGACGAGACAAAACAACUUGAAACUCUUCGGUUACAAUUCAGUCGAAUUCCGUGAACCUCUAUUGAUCAAAGACGAGUGCAAGGAGGGUACCGGCGAAAUAGUGCUUGAAAUAAAGACAUCCCGUACUGAUCGUCUGCCAAUCAGUGACUUCCAGCCUCUUUCGUUCGUCGACGCUGAACAUCAGUUCACGUUUACCCCCGGACCAGUUUGCUUCACAUGACACUUGCAUUUAAACAAGUUUGUAAAAACACAUGUAAAUGUAAAUAAGGAUAAUUUUAACAUUAUGUACUUAAGAGAGAACCUUUGUAAAUAUUGUAAAUAAAUGUUGUGACGACC